AAGAAAGAGGAAAGUUUCAGCAGAGCAUAUAAACGACCAUACCGCAGUCGUGAUUUGUUCUGUGACAGUCAAUCAUGUAGAUUACUGACAAUCUUACAACUUUGGUUAGAUUUUUGUUGUUGCGCAUUCUACGUAGCAUUCUGACUUUAUUUAAAUAUAGAAUCUACAACAAUGGUACAUCAUUGGCGUUACUUACAUAAAGAAUAACGUUCGCGUGUAAUGGAAAUCACAUGAAUAUCUAUCCUUUUAAAAUAUCGUUUUUUUAAGUCCUCAAGAAACGAAAUACUUCUUUCACAGCAAGGAGGAGACCUGGAAUAGAGAAAACACUGAAACAAAACAGAAGGCGCACAUUUUGAUUAAUGCAUUUUCUUUAGCGUCCGAAAUUCGCCAUGGCAGUGCACGCACUAACCGGGCUCUCAAUGGUGAGUUUCCUGAGCCUUGGUUACCUGUCCUGGGACUGGGUGAAGCCGGAUCAGAUGGAGAACGAGCCCUUUUCGGACUUCAAAGGCAGGAAACCCGAGUUCAAGCCCAGGCAGCCACCGCAUAUUAUAUUCUUUAUGACGGAUGACCAAGGCUUUCACGACAUUGGCUACCACGGCUCGGUAAUACGCACCCCAACGCUGGACAAGCUCGCCGCCGAGGGCGUCAAGUUAGAGAACUAUUACGUUCAGCCCAUAUGCACGCCUUCACGCAGUCAGCUGAUCACGGGCAGGUACCAGAUCCACACGGGUCUGCAGCACUCCAUAAUCCGGCCGAGGCAGCCCAGCUGCCUGCCCCUGGACCAGGCCACCCUGCCGCAGAAGCUCCGCGAGGCGGGCUACGCCACCCACAUGGUGGGCAAGUGGCACCUGGGCUUCUACAAGAGGGACUGCCUGCCCACCAGGCGAGGGUUCGACUCCUACUUCGGCUCCCUGACGGGCAGCGUGGACUACUACACCUACGCCUCCUGCGACGGGCCGGGGGUGUGCGGCUACGACCUGCACGAGGGCGAGGAGGUGGCCUGGGGGCGAGGGGGCAAGUACUCCACCCACCUCUACACCCAGAGGGUGCGCAAGAUCCUGGCCACCCACGACCCCCGCAAGCCCGUCUUCAUCUUCAUGUCCUUCCAGGCCGUCCACACCCCCCUGCGCCCACCCAAGGGCUACAUCUACCCCUACCGCGCGAUGGGCAACGUGGCCCGCAGGAAGUACGCAGCCACCGUGUCGAUCGUGGACGAGGCGGUGCACAACGUGACCUACGCCCUCCGCAAGUACGGCUACUACCAGAACAGCGUCAUCGUCUUCUCCACCGACAACGGAGGCCAGCCCUUCACCGGGGGCAGUAACUGGCCCCUGAGGGGGAGGAAGGGGACGUAUUGGGAGGGGGGGGUCCGCGGGCUGGGGUUCGUCCACAGCCCCCUCCUGCGGCGGAGGCGAAGGGUGAGCCGGGCCCUGGUGCACAUCACCGACUGGUACCCCACCCUGGUGGCGCUGGCGGGGGGGAACGUCUCCAGGGCCGACGGGCUGGAUGGGUUCAACGUGUGGCCCGCUCUCAGCGAGGGCCAGGAGUCGCCCCGGCGGGAGAUCCUGCACAACAUCGACCCGCUCCACACCCGGGCGCCGCACGGGUCCUGGAGGGACGGCUUCUGGAUCUGGGACACGGGGGUGCAGGCGGCCAUCAGGGUGGGGGACUGGAAGCUGCUGACGGGUGACCCGGGGCACGGGGACUGGGUGCCGCCACAGAUGCUCACCAACUUCCCGGGGAACUGGUGGAACCUGGAGCGCGGGACGGGCCUGCGCGAGUCGCUGUGGCUCUUCAACGUGACGGGCGACCCCUUCGAGCGGCAGGACCUGUCCAGACAGCGGCCGGACGUGGUGAGGGAGCUGCUGGCUCGGCUCGCCCACCACAACCGCACCGCCGUGCCCGUCCGCUUCCCCCCGGAGGACCCCCGGGGCAGCCCGCACCUCAACGGGGGGGCCUGGGGGCCCUGGGUGGGGGACGAGGAGGGGGAGAGGGAGGACAACGACCUGGGCCGGACCCCACGCAGGAAGGGCUGGAGCAAGGGCAAGAGUAAGAAGAAGAAAAAGAAAUGCAAAAUUUGCAAACUGAAGUCCUUCUUCCGAAAGCUGAACACCAGGAUGAUGUCCAACAGGAUUUGAGAGGGGAAAAAACCGUAGCUCCACAGUCACUGAGCCUGAAAAUGUGCGCAUUUAUUUGAGAACUUCGAAGGGGAACACUUGCCUGUGUUUACUCUACAGUAUGUCUUUCCAGCAUUAGUUAUUUUUUUUGCAUUCCAGAUUGCCACACCAGAUGUUGGUUGCGGGGGUUUUUAAUUUCAUUAUCUGGUGUUCCAGUCACAGUAUCUUCCUUUCAAUAAUGCACAAGUACUAUUCAGCUUUUUUUCCGCAUGUCCCAGUAUAUUUCAAUAUUGAACAAGUCACAUUUGGUUUAAAAGUCCAUCUUCCUGUUAUGGUGUUCCUUGGUAGACCUUAACAGCUCUCGACAAAUAGCUCUAUAGGAGUAGAGCUAUAGGAGUAGAGCUACAACUUGAAACUUUGUUUCAAGAGCUCUAUGUAUGCAUUGUGUAUGCAUAGUCUGCGACCAUACCUCUGUAGCAGUUGCUAUGCAACUAAUCAGCUCUCUCACUGUGUCACUGUCACUCAGUAAUCAUAUCUCUUUCAUGAUAGCCCUUUGACUCUGCACAGUAGGUGGAUUCAUUGUAAAAAAAAAAGAAUCAUGAAAACAAGGAUCAUUAAAAAGUAGCAAUUCAAAGGCUAGGGGGGCAACACACAGUUAAACACAAAGAUGUAGUGAUCACUCCGUCGCCCCGCCUUCAACAUUUUAUUUUGUGCUUGACAGCGUAGUUAAACCACCGAAAAGUAAUGGCUGGAGUGAGUUUAUUGCGAUCCUGCUGGCAGGCCCCCUGGUGGUCAUGUCAGUUUGUAGACACGGCACAUAAAGUCGGUCAUGUGUGGAACACAUGUUGAACUGCGGGGCGUUCGCCGGGGACGGAGCUGUAGCUGUGCUUCGCUGUUUCGCACAAGCCCGGCGCAGCAGGGGUCGCUGGGGUCAGGAGCUGUGACCUGACCGUUUCUCAGGUUUCUCAAAGGGAAUACAGCAAAUUAAGCAUAAAACUGGGGUCAGUGACUACUCCGAGAAGGGAUACUUCAGUUGCUGACUUAAAGUUUUACAUUAGUUCAUUUUUAAUGUGUUUUUCAAGACAGUUUCUCUGUGUAAUUAAAGAUAUUUUAAAUAUUCAUGAUAUUAAAAUAUCUUUUUGCUCUCUUUGGGUGCAAAUGAGUAAAUAUUUCAAGCAAAAAAAGUACAAAUGAAUUAUAUAUUGUUGGCUAGGACCUCUAGUAUUUUAUGUACCUAUUUGUGUACCCCAGCAACAAGCAUUUGUACCUUUUUAUGCACUUUUCAUACAUUUAUUUCUGAGAUUGUAUGACCUGCCAGACUUACAAUGGCAGGCAUAGAAUAUGUGGGGAUUCCUGGUAUAAGGCAAGAAAGUACACUUCAAGUACUUCCAAAGCAGCUUGCACAGAUUAAUUUUAUAGUGUUUGCUAAAUGCAAAUAUCAGUUUUUAUACAGAACUGGUACCUUAAUUCCUUACUUCAGACCACAAACCCCCAAACUGCCUCGUACCUGUCAUUGUAAAGCCAUGGAAAUAUCUACAAUAUCCUUAUUUGACAGAAUGACUGUUUAGGCCAACCGAAAGCACACGCUAAAACAAAUCCCUGGUGUAAAAUCCAGCUAUGACCAUCUUGAAAUUGCCAGCUACCAGCUGUUUCAAAACAUAGCUUGAGCUGAACAAACUAUGUUGGUCUGAACGGGUCAACCAGCUACCAGCUGUUUCAAAACCUAGCUUUUUUUCAGCAGCGAUGAGAAACAAAAAAAAAAAAAAAACUGAACCAUCCCUUUAUCUCAAUGCCAUGCCAACUGCACUCUUCAUUUUGACUUCUUUUUAGUUUUGUGAAACAGAUUGUAUAAAUCUGGGGAAAUAGAACAAACAAAUAUAAAUAGAGCUGAAAAUAACCACAAUGCCAAUAUAGUCUCCUUCACGCUGUGCCUGCAUAGUUCCUAUAAUCCCCCUCUCCUUCCUUGCAUUGCGUUGAGAUUCGCACGCAGCAUGGUUGCUCAGUAGGGGCUGCGACUGCUCUUGUUAUUUCCGUCGGGAGCUGCGGUUUAGUGCCGCUCGGGAUACUAAUGGCCAUUAAUUGGUCCGGGGGCCUAGGAAGUGUGGUUGAGCAUUGGAAAUGGCUGUAGAGGCACAGGCUGGGAUCACUACAUCACUGUCCAUGGGAGCUGAGAGCUGCUGGCUCUCCCUUUACCUGGGAGUCAGAUGUGAAGACAGUCAGUAGCACUAUUUGUCAGUUAAUUACCUGAGAGAAAAGAAGGUCCUGAUUUGAGGUCCUGAACAGAAUUGACAAGUCCCAGGGUCAAUAACUAAAAGUCUUGCCAUGUGUUUCUUCCACCCAGGAACUAUUCUAGUGCUAUCUCCUGGAUGAAGAACUGUGCUAAUUAGCCAAUUAGCCAGGUGAUUGGAAGGAAAUACCGGGGAGGACAUUUGCUUCCUGAGUCUGAAUUUUCCACCUAUGCCACACAAUAGGUUACCAGUGACAUGUUGCUAACAACUGAAGGUGUCCUUUUAGUUGGCACUAAACUCGGUGUAAUGUCAUGUAAACGACAAUUAAGCAAAAAAGUGUUUUUGUUACAGUUUUUAAGUGUUAGUUUCACGGGUUAUGGAUGCGUGUUUGUGUAUUUCAAACUUUUGAUACUGUUCGGAACAUAAUUAAGAAUAAAGAUGCCAUUUUAUGGUUGUUUCGUGAA